AUUUCUGCAAGUUGUGCUUUUUCGGAAAAUAGCGGGGCGAAUUCGUUAGUACGCCACGGCGAUCUGUUAAAGGUGUCUGUAGAGCCGAGUGAUAGAGAAAGAAAUGCUGAUAAUCAGGUGAAGUAGCAAUGGUGGAUUAAAUGAGAAAGGACCGUCAACAGUGCGCUUCGCUUUCGUUGAUAUUUUUCUACGUAGACAUGAAUGCCGAAGAACAGGAGAAAGUUAAUUGCUUUAAAUUGGACGAUCACGUUGUACGAGAAGAUAAUCAAGGAAGUUUGUUUUCGGAUCGGUACUGCUGUACUUCCUAUGUAGCUGUUCUGAGGCACUUCGGAAAGAUCAUCAUUCAAAGUAGGGGGUGGCACCCGGACGCAACACCCCUCUCAGUCUGCCUCAGCGUCCACCGAGGCGGGUCCAGGGGGUGCACAUGAGGAGGCCGAGCCAGGGGACCCGGGCCCUGACUCAGACCACAGGCAGCCCCGCAGCCAGAGCCGAGUGCGAGCUGGACGGCGAGACAGCAGAGGAAGAAGCAGCAUCUGUGUCACCUGACCUGCAGAGGUCCAUCCGGUCUUUUGCAAAUGACGACCGCCAUGUCAUGGCCAAGCAUUCAGCCAUCUACCCAUCGUCGGAGGUUCUGGAGGCCGUGCAGACGCUGGUGUCCACCGUCGAGUGUGCCCUGAAGCAGGUGUCCGACUGGAUGGAUGGCCUGGACCGGGGGGACGCCCCACCCGCAGACUCUGGGGAGAGCAGCACUACGGAGCAGAGCAGCAGGAUUCUCUGCGGGGUGACGCGGGUUGGACUGCUGGCCAAGGGGCUUCUCAUCAGGAACGACAUAGAGCUGGAGCUGGUGCUGAUGUGUCGUGAAAAGCCCACAGAGAGCUUGCUGCACAGGGUCUCUGACAACCUGCCUCUCCAGAUCCAGAGCCUGACAGAAGACCAGUACGAGGUGGACUGCUGCGUCCCAGAAGCCUGUGUCCGUGUGCUCAGGUCCUGGGAACCUCGGCUCACCCUGAAGGUCACCCUCACGUCGGCACAGAUGAGAGACGGUCAGCACCAGGAUGAAGCAGAGAACGUCGAGCUGGAGGAUCCGCCUGAUUUGCUGGACCAGCAGAGGUGUCUGCUUGCUCUGGCAGCCCUGCGACACGCCAAGUGGUUCCAGGCCAGAGUCACCGGGCUCCAGUCUUGCCUUAUCGUGCUCCGGAUUCUCAGAGACCUCUGCAACAGGGUCACUGCCUGGGAGCCCCUGAAAGGAUGGCCCCUGGAAUUGAUUUGUGAGAAAGCCAUAGCCACGUGCAGCCGGCCCUUGGGCGCUGGAGAGGCUCUGCGGAGAGUCGUGGAGUGUGUGGCCUCUGGAAUCCUUCUCCCGGGUGGACCAGGACUGCACGACCCCUGCGAGAAGGAGCCGACGGACGUGCUGUCAGACAUGACGGCCGAGCAGGCCGAGGCUCUCACCUGCAGCGCCCAGCACGCCUUGCGACUGCUGGCCUUUGGGCGAAUCCACAAGUUACUGGAGAUGGACCCGCUGCCCUCAAGCAGACCCUUGCAGAAGCACCCGGGUCUGGAUAAAGAAGGACCGGGACUGAAGAGACCCCAUGAGGAUGGAUCCAUGGACGACAGAGACCUGCUCAAGAAGAUGAAGUGCAACCUAAAGAAGUUUCUUGACAAUAAAGCAAUAGACACCAACCAGCCAAUGAACGCCCUGAUGCGACUGAACCAAAUUCAGCCCGGCCUGCAGUACAAGCUGCUCUCCCAGUCCGGCCCAGUCCAUGCCCCGGUCUUCACCAUGUCCGUCGACGUGGACGGCACCGUCUACGAAGCCUCAGGGUCCUCCAAGAAGGUGGCGAAGCUGCGAGUGGCAGUGAAGGUUCUGCAGGCAAUGGGAUACCCGACCGGCUUUGCUACUGACCUGGACCCCCUGAGCGCUGACGAGAAGUCGGACGGCGAGGGCAAGACUGACGCCACGUCUCCCUACCCCAGCAAUAACCGCUCUGGCUCCUUCACGGACAGCUCGAACACGCUGGAGGUCCGAACUCAGGGUCCCAUCCUGACGUCCAGCGGGAAGAACCCCAUCAUGGAGCUGAAUGAGAAGCGACGGGGGCUCAAGUAUGAUUUGAUAUCGGAGAGCGGGGGCAGCCAUGAUAAGCGCUUUGUCAUGGAGGUGGAGGUGGACGGCCAGAGGUUCCGAGGAGCUGGGCCCAAUAAGAAGGUGGCGAAGGCCAGUGCCGCCCUGGCCGCCCUGGAGAAGCUGUUCUCGGGGCCCAACGCCUUCGCCAACAGGAAAAAGAAGGUGCUCCCCCAGGCAAAGGGAACCCCCGUUGCCACAAUAAUGUCUGCUGCUGCCCAGGCAAGCAGGGGCCAGGCCAGGGGGGCGCUGGCGAGAGGCGCUCUGCUGAGCACGGCCGCCGCCCCAGGAUACAUCGCCGCAGCGUAUGGAGCUCCGUACGGAUACAGCAGCGCUCCUGCAGUGCCGGCUUCUGCGUAUGGUCUGCCCAAAGGAAUGGUCCUGCUGCCCGUGGUGAAAAUGCCCACGUAUCCCGUCCCCCACUACUCCUUCUUUUAGUGGGGGGGCUCCACAAGGCAGUCAUUUUUUUUUUUUUUUUUUUUUUUUUUUUCCUUUUUUUUUUUUUUUUUUUUUUUAUUUUGCCGUUUUCGUUUUUAUUUUUUAAGGAAAUUUUUUGUUUCCAGCCCAACACUGGAAGCUCCGGCCACAUGUCCUGUAAGUCCAAUGACCCAUUUGUGUCUUUUUUUUUUUUAUUUUAUUUUUUUUUUUAAAACACCUCCCUUGCAGUUUCACCAGCAGAGCGGCUGGUCCCACUUGCGUACUUGAAGGAUUGUACUGUGAAAUGUUACCUCGGACUUUGAGUGUACGUGAAACCAGCUCUGUAUUUUAUUUUAUUUUUUUUUGUGUUUGGGGGGGGGGGCAAAUGUAUAUUUCAUGUAAUUUGGCAGGUACAGACUACAAUGCUGUAUAGAGUCACAUGUAUGAAGAUUGGAUGUAUGCACCAGGAAUAAAUAAUACAGUCUCUCUUUGAAUUUACGGUUUGAUUUCUAAGUUAAGGCCCAUAGCGAAAUGUACUGAUGCGCUAGUAGGAAUGUGCAUAGCUUACAGUGGCCUAAAGGAUUUGUGGUGCUUUGUACAUUAAGUGGAUGGUUGCGUACACGGGAUUGGUGCUGGUGUGUACACAAGCUAUUAAUAAAGGUUUCGGAAACCUU